GUUUUUGUAUGUUGAUGUGUUACCCAUUUGACAAGGAAACACAAGGAAAGGAAAAAAGCAGCUACCUUUGAGAAAGAAAGAAGUUGUGGAGAAGAGCAUGUGAGUGUGAAUUUGAAUGGGGAAUCAGAAGCAGAAGUGGACGCAAGACGAGGAAGAUGCACUCAUCGCCGGGGUUGAAAAGCACGGUCCCGGAAAGUGGAAAAACAUUCUCAAAGAUCCCCAAUUUGCCCCUUUUCUUACUUCCCGUUCCAACAUCGACCUUAAGGACAAAUGGCGGAAUUUGAGCGUCAGUAACGGUUCUCAAGGCUCGAAAGACAAGCCUAGGGUUCCCAAGCUCAAGGCUCUUCCUCCUCCUCCUUCUUCUACCAACUCCUCCACCACCACCACCACACCUCAAAACGCGGCUUCUGCUCCACAAAACGUUCCGUCUGAUGUCACUGUCCCUGAUUCUUCUCUGAAUGACCAAGAUGUCAAAAACCCUCCGAGGUAUAAUGCAAUGGUUUUUGAAGCUCUAUCAGCACUAAAAGAUAAUAAUGGAUCUGACCUAAAUGCCAUUGUUAGUUUCAUCGAGCAAAAACAUCAGGUUCCUCAAAAUUUUAGAAGGGCAUUAAGUACAAGGUUGCGAAGGCUUGUUAGUCAAGGAAAACUUGAAAAGGUACAGAAUUGUUACAAAAUAAAAAAGGAUGUCUCCUCGGACACAAAAGCACCUUCACCAAAACCAAAGGAUGUCCGGCCAACACCAUCACAACCUGCACCACAACCACAAUGGCAGUCCUCGGUUUCUGUCUUUACAGCAUCUAAUGAGACAAUAAAGGAUGCUGCAGAUACUGCAGCCUACAGAAUUGCGGAUGCUGAAAGUAAGUCAUAUCUGGCUGCGGAAGCAGUAAAGGAGGCAGAGAAAAUAUCAUUGCUGGUUGAACAUAGCGAUUCAAUGUUGGAGCUAGCAAAAGACAUAUAUGAACAAUGUUCUCGUGGUGAAAUUAUCCUUUUGGCUUAAGAUGGUCAACGAAAGGUCUAUAAAUAGAUUCAUCCUGAUCUUGGUUUCAAAAUGUAAAAUUGUGUAUUCAAUGAGACAUAAUUUAAACAGCAUUGUCUUCUGCGGAGGAGUGAGGUUUUCAACUUUGAAGAUGCAUCUGGUCAUAAUUCAGUCAAUAUAUAAUAAUCUUCAUAGUAUAAUGUAAAAAUUUAGAGAAGUGGUGAUGAGAGAUGCAUUAUCAUCCAUUAGUCCUGGUUCUGAGAUUAAAAGUUUUUUUUUUUUUCAUAACUUU